AACCAACGUCCUCGACACCAAAAACGAUGCCUAUUUGAAAAAUUGUCGCUAUGGAGCAGACCAGCCGUAUUGCCCCAUCUUCUCACUGGGGAAACUGGUCAACUGGGCGGGGAGUAACUUUCACGAGAUGGCAUCCGAGGGUGGCGUGAUUGGCAUCCAGAUUGAAUGGGAUUGCAACCUAGAUAAAAAACCGUCCGAAUGCAACCCUCACUAUUCUUUCAGUCGCCUAGAUAACAGUUUUGCGGAGAAGUCCAUCUCCUCUGGAUACAACUUCAGAUUUGCCAAGUAUUACCGGAGCGCGGCUGGUGUUGAUUUCCGAAUGCUGAUCAAAGCUUACGGGAUCCGUUUCGAUAUCAUGGUGAAUGGCAAGGCAGGGAAAUUUAACAUCAUCCCAACGGUAAUCAACGUGGGAUCCAGUCUUGCGCUAAUGGGAGUGGGGGCGUUUCUCUGCGACUUGGUGCUGCUGUAUCUUCUCCGAAAGAGCCAGUUUUACAGGGGGAAAAAAUACGAAGAAGUGAGGUUAAACAACCAAAACACUUUACCGGCAAGCACCGUCAACAGGAACCAGGAAGGGAAUCAGAGUGAAGAUUCUUUAUCUCAGUUGGAUCAACUUGAAAAACUACAGACAGUCGAGACCUAAAGCUGUGUUUUUCUCUGGAAACUACUCAUCCCAACGCCAUCAGUUGUUAAGAAAAACCACGGACUAC